AUGGAGGAGUGUCGGUACGCCAACGCAGUCUCCGCCUCGUGGCGGUACGACUCCUCGUUAAGCAUUGCGAUGCGGUUCAUGUACCGCUGCCGCAAAUCGCUCAGCGUCGGGUCUUCGCCGAAACGCGAGUGUGAGAGGGACUUUGCCGAUGGCGUUCCUGCCGUUGCUGCUGCUGCUGCCGGAAGCGCCCGCUCGAGGUCGUUGUCGUCGUCGUAG